AUGUCGAAAUUCGAUCCCUAUGAACACCUCAAUGUCAGCCUUAAUGAAGACGGGACCCUCACGCGCCAUCUUAAUCUCCCUAAGCUUCCAGCCACAGGGGAGGACCAGCUUCUACCUGGCCAAACUGUAGUCUCUAAAGAUGUCACUCUCAAUGAGAAGAACAAGACAUGGAUACGUAUUUUUCGACCAACCAAACUUCCCUCUAAUGACAAAUCAGUUGCUAAACUUCCUAUCAUAGUUUUUCUACAUGCUGGAGGAUGGAUUGAUUUGAGUGUCUCGAAUGUAUUUUGUCAUGAGACGUGUAACAAAAUGUCGCAUGAAAUUCCAUCUAUUGUAAUUGGCCUUGAAUUUAGGCUUGCACCAGAGCACCGCCUUCCUUCACAGUAUGAUGAUGCAGUGGAAACGAUUAAUUGGAUAAAAAAUCAAGCAUCAGACCCGAAAGGGGACCAAUGGCUAAGAGACUACGCGGAUUACUCCAGAUGUUACCUAUACGGAGCAAGCUGUGGUGCAAAUAUUGCAUAUAAUGCAAUGUUACGUCUUCUUGAGACGAAAAUUGAGCCACUAAAAAUAGUAGGGAUGAUCAUGAACCAGCCUUUUAUCGGUGGCAAGAACAGAACAAAAUCAGAAUUAGAACUUGCAACUGAUCAGUAUUUUCCAUUGCCAGUAAUUGAUUUGUUAUGGGAACUUGCACUACCACAGGGGAUGGACCGAGACCAUAGAUUUUGUAACCCUUUAACAGAGCACAACAAGGAAAAAUUAAAAUUCAUUGGGAGGUGUUUGGUUAUUGGAUUUGGGGGUGAUCCUUUGAUUGAUCGACAACAAGAAUUUGUGAAAAUGUUGGUGAUGAGUGGGGUGAUGGUGGAAGCCAAGUUUGAUGAUGUUGGAUUCCAUAAUAUUGAUAUGAUUGAUCCGAGAAGGGCUGCUGCUAUUUUAAGUUUCAUCAAAGAGUUCGUCUGA